AUAAGUUUUGAUGCCUUGAAAGUUGAAAAAAAGAAUAUGUUUUUGGACAUAUAUUGCUUCUUUUGUAACAAUGUGAAAUGGGGUGGCACAAUGAAAGAGACUAUAAUACAAAUAUGGACCAAUAAGAAAAGUGGAGUUGAAGAGCAGGAUGCAAGUAUUGUUUUGGAUAUGUUGUCUUCUUUGACAACACUUGAUUUGAGUGGUUGCUCAAGCUUAUUAAGCAUAUUGACAAAUCUUUCUACUUUGACAAUACUUGAUUUGAGUGGUUGUUCAAGCUUGUCAAGCUUGCCAAACUUACCAAAUGAAUUGGCAAAUCUUUCUUCCUUGACAACACUUGAUUUGAGUGGUUGCUCAAGUUUCUCAAGCUUACGAAAUGAAUUG